GAAAUGAGGAAGAAAAAGCUCUCUGAGGUCUCUGCAGGAUUUACACAACUUCUUCUGAUUGGACACCGUGACGUGAUCAAAUGUCUCUGGCCUGGAUAUUAAAUUAAUAUUUACGCACUGUGUUCCCAACUUUCUAUAAACUGGAGCAAUGAUAUUUCGGGCCGCAGUAGAUCAUGCUAAGAAGUACCCCGGCCUCAUCCCCCAGUUCUUAUUCAUCGUUUUGGGGAUGGGCGGGGCGUCUCUGUAUCUGAUCCGGUUGGCCAAAGGACCCCAUGUCACCUGGAACAAGACCAACAACCCUGAGCCAUGGAAUAAACUUGACCCCACAUACCAGUACAAGUUUGUGGCCGUUACCACCGACUACAAGAGCCUGAAGAAGGACGGACCGGAGUUCUGAACAUCUCGCUGGCCUCCUCUCACAGACCAGAGUGGAAGAAAAACAGAAAAUCCCGAUCUGGGCUCAGAUUCCUUCCUUCUCCCUCCUCGAUGUCUUCACUGCAGGUGGAAGGUGAAAUGGAUCUUAGAUCAGGAUCUGUAACCCUUUAGUGUCUCUGUGCUUGUGAUCUGGUACAUUUGAUCAGGAUUGUCAGUGAAUAGAUCCUGAAUGCACAUAUGAAUAUGGAAAAAGUUGGAUACAUAAUUACACUCAUAUAUGACACACAUAUGCACACUGCACCAGACAAAUGUUAUUGCAUUGUUUAGCCAAUUUAAUACAAAUAAGGGAUACUAUACUAUACAUCACAGAUAACUGUUUUGUUAACCAUUUUGUUAGUGUAUUAUUUUGAAUGUUUCAGGCAGCUAUUGGUUUAAUUUCCGCUCUGUUACGUAUGAAAAUCAAUUAUCAGACUCACACAAGCUGCAGUGAUUAUGCAAAUAGGCUUCAGGUGUCUGCUAAUAAAGUUUGGAGACUGCCAAGAAUGGAGACAAAUAGCUGCCUGGAACAGAGUGGAAAAAUACAUCUGAAAUGUUUAAACUGCAUAGCAUGCAUAAAUGCAUAAAAUAAAUGAUUUGUAGUUAAGGGGCUAACAUCAACACUUUUAAAGGUUUUUCAAUGUCAACGUGAAAAUAUCUUCUUCUGCGGCUGAAAAUUCUGUAUGUUUUUAUAAGUUGUAAGUGUACAGCUUUAUGUAAAACAACCUUUGAUGUAAUAUAAUUCGCCUGCUGGAACGCAAUGAUGGUCAAAUGAAUGUGAGUUUGUCUUCAUGUGUUUCUUCAUAACUGGCUUUGUGGCUUUGGCUAUUGUUGUUUUAGCAGCCACUAAAUUCAGCAACGACUGUAAGUUAUAGUGAGAGACGUAUAAACUGGGCUGGAUUCUUUCAAUAAACAAAAUGUCUGUUUUAUGUUUGGA